GGGUUUCCCCAGUGAACUAAUAACCCAAUAUUAGUUCACUGGGUUUCCCCCAUAUCAGUGUUCUGUGGGUUUCCCCCAAAGUUCCUCUUUGGUUUCCCCUGACCUGCAGAACACCGAUAGGGUAUGCAGUAGUGUGGGGAGUGGACAUACCUUCAUAUUUCUUUGAAUUUUUAGCUUCCUUAGUUCUUUUCCAUUGGGUUUGUUAUUCAAUAAUCAUCAUUACUUACUCUUUAUCAACGCAUUGUUCUACAUCUAUUGCAGAUAAGCAUCAUUUAUUCAAGUUAUCAAUCACUAUGAUGGAACCCUAUAACUAUAUAAGUGAUGUUGAUGUGAUAACAAAGCAGAUUGAAACACUGAGGUUACAUAGGAGAAGGAGGAAGAACAAGAAUUAUGACAAUCUUUAUUUCCCCAAAGCUGAGCUUGUGAAGGCUUAUGCGAAUCAAUCCCCAAACAGAGCAUAUUGGCUGCGACACCCUCGUGAAGAGAAAUUGAAUUGGUCUAUCGAUCUGAUUCCGCAAACAAAGCAAUUUAACAAAGUUGUUAGGCCUUUAAAGGAAGCCAUUGGUUCUAAUAUCCAAAUACUUAAUGUUUUAAAGAUAACAAACAAAUUUUUAGAGCGACAAUAUGAGCUAAAAAAACAACUGAAGAUCUCGCAGGGUAAUUGUGGAGAAUAUAUAAUGUAUCAUUAUACUACAAAUGAUAAAGUGGAUGCCAUUGUCAAAAAUAACUUUAACUGGAGACUAAGUGGUCAAUCUAGAGGCCAUAAAUAUGGUUUUGGUAUAUCCUUCAGUGGUGAUCCCAAAUUUGCUGAACAAUUCUGUAAAAACAAGAAAAUUAAAGUUGUGUUUGUUGUGAGUGUGUUGAUUAGUGCAACACAAGUUGGUAAUGAAGAUAUGGAACUUCCAGAGAAAGGAUUUGAUACCACAGUUUCACCUAAAAAAACUGUUUAUGUAAAGUUCGAAGACUCUGAGUUUUAUCCUGAAUACAUUGUUUUUUUUAGUAAAAACAAAUAACAUAAAUAUUAAAUAUAUACCUAUGCAUUGUAUAGCUGGUGGCAUCCACUGUUGUCAUUAGAGAUAAGAGAAUAUUGGAACUUUUUGAUUGUAGUGAUUGAUUUAGUUGUGAAUGAAUGGUUUUGUUAAUUUUGUUAUGAAUUAUUGACUAUUAUUGUUCUGUCUUUUUAUGUUUAUGUUUAUGAUGCAAUUAUUCCACUAUUUAGAGUUAGGAUUAUUUUGUCACACUCAUUUUUGAUUAUCUAGUUGUUGAAUAAAACAGCACUUGAUAUGUAUUUUCUAAUGAUUAGUAAAACUGAACUUUUAUAAUA